CUUUACUUCCAGCGCGUGAUCCAAGCGCUGGGUGUGUCGUGGCACGCACACCACUUUGUCUGCGGCGGCUGCAGGAAGGAGCUGGGCGGAGGAGGUUUCAUGGAACAGGCCGGGCGCCCGUACUGCUCCGCGUGCUACGCGGACAAGUUCGCAGCGCGGUGCGCGGGCUGCGCCAAGCCGAUUGUGGACAAGGCGAUCAUCGCUCUGGACGCUAAGUGGCAUCGCGAAUGCUUCACUUGCACGAAAUGCACAAAUCCAGUCACAGACUCCACAUUCUCCGUGAUGGACAACAAACCGCUGUGCGGAAAAUGCGCAUAGACACGCACCCGUUAUUAAUUAAUUUAUUUAUUUAUUGCUACGUCGAACGAUUAUAUAGAUGUCUUAAAUAUUACAUGUACGUAGAGUUAUCGAAACAUAUUUUAAAAUUUGCUUUCAUUAGAAUUCGAGAGAGCAUUCUCUGGCCCAAAAAAAUAUUUUUAUUCUGAAUAGAUGUUAAAAUACACAGCGUAUAUACACUAGCUUUUGGCAUAUGCAUAAUAUUUAAUACAAUCUAUAUAAAUCACAAAUAUGACAACCCCAUCGAUAAAACACACAAAAAAUGCACUUACACUGCCCUGUUUAUCGCGAGUUUAAAAAAAAACCCCUGUCUCAUUUGAUAUUACACAGGUGCUUUAAAAACAAACUAUUUAGAAUGAUAAGAAAUAUAUAUUUUUGAUGUACCUAUUUUUUUAAUUGUAUAACAGCACAAAGGCACUGUAAAUAUAUUUAUUGAUGUAAAUUUAAGUGACUGUGAUGCUAAUGGGCUUGUGCGACAAUUUUAAAUUAUUGUACGCUCUGUACUUUAUUGUCAAUAAAUCACAUAUUU